AUGUUCCUCUUCAUAUGUUGUUGUUGUAUUCAGGAAUCCCAUCAAUGGGCUCCAACUCCAGAGUUAUUACAAGCAGAAACUGAAUUUAUCAAACAAUUCGGAAAGACCAAGAAGGAGAAGAGAAUGUUGAUGAAAGCCUUUCGUGUGUUGAAACGUUGGGCUAAAAAGAAACAUCUCAUGCAUCGAAACAUGUAUGAAUUGGAGAGAGCAUUGAAUCAGAGAGGAAUGGCUCAUACCUUGUUUUUGCAUCAUAUCGUCGAAAAGGUCAAGAAGAGUACGGAUCAAGUCAUUUCCAAAGUCAAGUCUGAAAUUUCAAAGGCUCAACAGUUUUUCAAUCCUCCCAUUCCCAAAUAUGAUGGUCCUUUCUAUAGUAAGGGAUCGUUGGCAACAUGGAUGAAUGAUUUGGUGUUGUUUAUUGGAGAUUUGCCUUUGAAUAAUCUCCUCAUUCCUGGAACUCAUGAUUCUUUCACUUCCAAGAUUGUUGCUGAAUCCAAGAUUGCACCAAAUGCUGAGGAACCAAUCAAAAAGCUGAAUAAUGUGUUGAAGUUCUAUCCAAAGAAUGUGGCCAAUACAGUUAUUGCUAAUUGGGCUCGAGCUCAGUCACAAUCUGCGUAUAACCAAUUGGUAGAUGGAGUUCGAUAUUUGGACAUUCGUUUGUGCAGAGAUAAGGAAAUCAAAGAUAAGGUUCAAAUGUUGAAAACUUGUCACACAUUCUUUGACAGUCCCAUUGAACCAAUUUUAGACAACAUUGCCACCUUCUCCAAGACAAAGGGAAAGAAGGAAAUCAUCAUUCUUGAUUUUAAUCAUCUCUAUGAUAUGGACGAUAGUGACCAUGAAUAUCUUUUCAAAGUAUUGAAAGCUAAAUUCGGUAACUUGUUGGCCGAUUCUACCAAAUUCUCUCCCAACUCUUCACUACGAGAAUUCUGGAGAACGACACAAAGAAUAAUUGUUCUCUACGACAAUGAAAAUGCCGUCAAGAAAUCUCAAGGAUUAUUAUGGCCACAAUCGAAAAUCAAUUCACCUUGGCCCAAUGUUCAGACCACUACUGAUCUCUAUGACAAGUUGUCAAAGAGUGCACAAAGUAGAAGUGACACUGACAAGCAAUUCUUUGUUUCCCAAGGUUUGCUUACACCUAAUGAAAAGACCAUUGCUGCUGGUCUUAUUGCAAAGCCAAAAUCACUUCUCGAUGCGGGUGACUUGUGGAAUCCUGUCGUUGCUAAUUGGAUUGCGUCUGGUUCACUCCCAAGAAAGAAGUUGAAUAUUGUGAUUGUCGAUAAUUAUAGUCCUCUCUUUGUUGCCACUUUGGUAGAAAAGAAUAGAAAGAAAAUUUAG